AUGACAAAUCUAAGCCACCCUUCUGAAUUUGUGCUCUUGGGCUUCUCCUCUUUUGGUGAGCUGCAAGUUCUGCUGUGUGGGCCUUUCCUCAUGCUUUAUCUUCUUGCCUUCAUGGGAAACACUGUCAUCAUAGUCACAGUCACAGCCAACACCAACGUACAUACUCCCAUGUACUUCUUCCCGGGUAACUUUUCACUGCUGGAGACCUUGGUGACCAUAACUACAGUGCCUAGGAUGCUUUCAGACCUGCUGGUCCCCUGCAAAGUCAUUUCCUUCAAUGGCUGCAUGGCCCAGUUCUACUUCUACUUUUCCCUGGGUUCCACCUCCUUCCUCAUCCUGUCAGACAUGGCUCUUGACCACUUUGUGGCCAUCUGCCAUCCACUACGCUGUGGAACUUUGAUGAGCUGGGAUGUGUAUAUCCAGUUGGCAGGGGCUUCCUGGGCAGCUCCUUUCUUAGCCAUGGUGCCCACUGUCUUCUUCCAGGCUUAUGUCAGUUAUUGCCAUGACAACAUCAUUAACCACUUCUUCUGUGACAAUGCACCUCUGCUGCAACUGUCCUGCUCAGACACCAGCCUGCAGGAAUUCUGGGACUUUGUGAUGGCCUUAGCCUUUGUCCUCAGUUCCUUUCUGGUUACCCUCAUCUCCUAUGGCUAUAUUGUGACCACUGUGCUGAGGAUCCCCUCUGCUAGCGGCCAUCAGAAGGCUUUCUCAACCUGUGGAUCCCACCUCACCCUGGUCUUCAUUGGCUACAGGUCUGGCACCAUCUUCCUUCAUGUCAGGUCUGGCAAAGAACAUUCUAUGGAAGUCAACAAGACCAUAGCCUUGGUGACAUCAGUCCUCACCCCCUUUCUCAAUAUCUUUAUCCUUACCCUCUGCAAUGAGACAGUCAAGGCAGUGCUAUGGGGGCAGAUGCAGAGGCUUAAAGGCCUCUACAAGGCGCUAUGAUGAGCCUGAGGAACCUGGCCAGCUUUAGUCAAGUAGGUCUGUGAGGAGGCAGAGUACCAGACUGGGUGGGAAGACUACUACCUGAAUUUCUUUAGGGUUUUUCCUCUGUGCUUCUGUGUGGUAACUACAGUGAGUCCCCAGUGCUACCCUGUCUGGCUCUCACGGGCCACCAUGGAAGCGCUCCCCAUACUCACUAGUAGCUACAAGAACUCUGAAACUAGCUCAAAGCCUGGGGAGCCAGAGGUAAGACUUUCAAUACAAGGAAGUACAUGGGCUUUCCAUUCAAGGACAGCAGCCAAGAAGUAUUCUCCGAUCAAGAAAUAUUAUCCACUGUGUGUGUGUGUGUGUGUGUGUGUGUGUGUGUGAAAUUCCUGAAAGAUUUGGGAUGAAACAUCAGCUCCACUCUCUUUCCCUCCCAACUAUAAUCUGAAAUUUUAAAAAGUCUCCAACUACUUUGACCUCAGACUCAUGGUUUUCUCUUAGCUUUUAAC